AUGUCCUAUGACGCUCGCAAGCUCAUUACCUUUGAAGUCUUUCGCGCCACCACCGGCACGAUUUGGGUGAAGGGCUCCCUUUGGCGCUCUAUGGGUUUGCUCCUGGUGCUGGCGCUGCUGACCGCUCUGGGGGUGGCCUUCAUGGUGAAGGAGCCCGAAAAGUUGGAGACAGAUGAAUUUAGCAAGCUGAAUGGCUUCCUGAAAGCCAUUGUUGGUUUGCUGCUGGGUUUCUUCUUGUCCUCCUCGGUGAACCGAUGGUAUGCAUGUGCCAGCGGCUUUCUCGCACUCUUCAACGCGAUUCGAGCCUUGCACAUGCAGCUUGCGGCCAUUGGUGCGAACAAAGAACGUGUGCACAUGUGCAUCCGCUACUGCGUGGUCUCCGCCUACAGCCUCCACUAUAGUCUUUCAGGGCAGACCUUGCCGAAGGACGAGCGCUUGGAGUGGCGCGCGGUGAAAUUCGAUGCUAUGUGCGAGGAUAAAGAGAACUUGGAUGAUCAAGUCAUGUCCUCAGGGACUUUGGCCAAGAUCCAUCCGAAAGAGAAGGAGAUCCUCGCAAAGGUCGAAGAUCCAUCUCAGACCCUUUGGGUUUGGGUGACCUCCUUGCUCACUCGCAUGGCCUCGGACGGUGAAAUCCCAGCGAUGCCCACACCGACCUACGGGAAGAUCUUGUCCUUGGCUGACCAGGCCUAUGGUGGCAUCCGCGAGGUGCAAGGUGCAAUUUGCGUUCAACCGCCGUACGUCUACGUGCAGACCAUUGCUAUGCUGGUGAAUGUCAACAACAUUGUGACAGCUGUCAGCUUUGGCAUGACCUUGGGUGUCACCCUGUCAGUGGCCAAGAGCGGGAAGAACAUCAAAGAAGUGAUCUCAGCAGACUUGCAGGAUGUGCUGAUCCAGUUCAUCAUGAGCACCACUGGACCCUUUCUCUAUCAGACCUUGCUGGAGGUGGCGGUUUGCAUUGCACAGCCCUUCGCAGGAUGCUCGGAUGAGAAGAAUGACUCACCUGGCCGGAUUCCCACCUGGAAGCUUUUGUCCAACUUGAAGAAGGACUUGGGAGAUGCUGAGUACAUGACCAACCGCUUGCCUUGCUGGGAGCAGGCUGUGCAUGGCUUGGCCACCGGCUUGCUGCAGCAGGCGUUUUGUUGCCGUGGGGAUGUGACAGCGGAGCGGGAGUGGAAGAGUGACGGGCACACAGUCUUUGAAUUGACGGUGCUUCUGAGCCUCAUCUUGGUGCACCACUUCCCAAGCAUGCCGGCCCACGCCUCAGAGGGGCAUUGGAUGGCAUUGGUGCCUGCUAGCCAUGACAGAAUUGUUGGCAAUCUUAGAGAGGCUUCCAAGGCAUUUCAAAAGCCCUUCCGAUCGGUUUAUGUCGAAGAAGACAGUCAGGAAGUGGAGGAUGUGUCGGCCGCGCUGAGCCCGGUGAAGCGACGAUUUGGCUUGGAGCUGAGGUCACAACGUUUGGAAGAGCUGCAGGAACCGCUCCUGGAUUCACUGGCAUCCUGGGAAGACAGGAUUUGGGUUGCCAUCCUCACAUCUGGAUGUGUCUUUUUGGCCUUCACAGUGCUGGGGAAGUUUCAGGAGCCAAACUGCAAGAAGUAUCCUCAACUCUGUGCCGACACGUCUGGCUAUGUCGUUGUGCUUGAUGCUGGAAGUACAGGGACUCGAGUCCAUGUCUUCAAUUAUGAAUACCGCAAGCUCGAACCUCGGCGCUUUCCGCUCAUUGUGAGUCCCCCUCUGACACUGCCUACAGAAAUCGCCGCAGCGACCAACAAGCCUGGACUCUCGUCCUUCGUGCAUCAGACCGAAGGAAUUCCAAGGAAAUUAGAUGAGCUGAUCCGGCAUGCUGCGGAUGCCUUGCUGCUGCACAAUCCAGACGUGCAGUUGAAGCAGGUGCCGCUGUAUCUGGGUGCCACUGCAGGGCUCCGCGAGCUGCACAACCGCGACCGGGACGAGGUGAUGAAGGCAGCUCGCGAGUACCUCCGGAAGCAAGAGGUCUUUGCGGUGACACGUGAUGAGCAGGUGCGCGUCCUCUCUGGUGAAGAGGAGGGCGCCUUCGGCUGGCUCGCACUCAAUCAGUUACAGGCGGAGAUCAGUCCCGAUUCAGAUACCACUUUGGGUGCCUUGGACUUCGGCGGUGCCUCCAUGCAAAUCGCCUUCGUGCCUCAGGAGACGUCUAUCCUUGCAGGGCUUUUCCCGAUGCAUUUCGGCGGAAGUGUGAAGGGCCCCAUUCACUUGUACUCUCACAGCUUCACGGGCUACGGCAGCGUGGUGGCCUUCCAGCGAGCGACGCGGGUCCUCCUGGAGUCCCACCGAAAGCGGAAGACAGAAGAGGAAGUGAAGCAUCCUUGCAUGCCUACUGGCUUGACGUGGAAUGUCAAUCACGAUGAGUUCGGGGUGAGCAUCAACAAGACGGACCCAGAGCGAGAAAAGGGCCCACUGAAGCUGGUUGGAACCGGAGACUUUGACGGUUGCUAUGCGUUGACAGCGCCACUCUUUGACAAGGAGACACCUUGCUUCUUGCCACCCUGCUCCAUGAUGGGCGUCUAUCAGCCCCGACUCAACGGGACGAGAUUCGUCCUCUUCGGUGAAUAUGCUCGAUUCAAGCAAUGGGAGGUGCUUCCACUGGUGCAGAAGGGCUUGCCGCUCAUGAAAGCUUUGGAAGUUCAGCUGCCACGCUUGUGCUCUUUGCCCUUGAGGACACAGGUGGAACUCUUUGGUGGGUCAUCCAUGAGGCAUGGGCCAGACUGCUGGAUGGCCACCUGGAUCUUUGCUAUGCUGAAGGAUGGACUUGGCUUUUCUGUUCAUGGGUAUCCUCAGGUCGAUGUGGUGCCGAGUUGCUGCGAUCACACCCUGGGCCAUGCCACGUAUGAGGUCAACUUCUUUCCUUACUCAGUGAGUCGGUCCAGCUACAUGUCGCUUGCAGCCAAGCAGCUGCACCUAGAUGAGCUCGGAAGUGUGGAUCUUCGAGAAUGGUGUCCAGGUCUUUCAGCAGUUCAAGCGAUCCUUUUUGCAGCUGCUGGUGCAUGCCUCCUGCUGCUGCUGCAGUCAACAAGGAAGCGGGUCUGGCCAGCCUCCAAAGCUGAGCCAUUACUGCAGGCGGUGUAAGAGACGGGAGCAAAGCCUCUGAGCGUUUGGUUUGCCAAAUGUGGGGAGAAGGGUGUGUAGUGCACAUUGAAAGUACCCGAAGAGGCUUUUAGCUUUGGCGCCGUAGGGUCGCCGUAGGGCGUGGCCUCCGCCACGCAGAUAUUUUCUAAGAUUACUUGGGUUGCGUGGCAAAUAGCUGGAGUCCGAGACUGAUCGUUACUUGCCACGUCCAUUGAACAAGUUGGGUCAAAGACGUUUUCAAUUUUUUGCACAUCCUUCACAAUGCAUAUCAAACACUGCAUAUCACUGCAUAGAGCCAUCAAAUAGUUGCUUACUUGCUUUGGCCCUUGAGCAAUUCUUCCAGCCGGAACCCGAGGCAUGUCACCCAGGGCAUUUUCGUUUGGG